UUGAGCUAUAUUUUUUUGGUUCGUGAUUCUGUACAACACAGAUGAAGAUGCGUCUGUUUGUCUUUUCUGCGCUGUUGGUGUUGGGAUUUCCAUUCAUCAUAACUGAAGUUGUAGAUUCAUUCAAUACGUGCAAGGAUUUCUUUUUGGAAGGACAGCCUCCAGUAAUUCCUGGCAUUAUGCUGAAUUCAGUCUCACUAGAUCAAAAUCGCUACAAACUAAUCUGUCAAAAGUAUAAGGAAGCUUACAGGUUUGCAACUCUCUACGAUACAGAAAAUAAGAUCCCCGUUUUUUCAGCCUACAAAUAUACUGGGAAAGGAGACUUCAAAAGACCAAGAAUAAAAUGGAUGUUUGAGUCUGAGCUUGAUCCUCCUGUUGCUGAGAUGACCGUUCGGACUUGUGCAAAUCAGGCCAUCAAUGAAGACUACUGCAAUAACACCUAUAAUGUUAAUCGCGGCCACUUGUUUCCCUGCUGUCACGCAGCUGAUGUUAUCACUGCCCAAUCUACAUUCACACUGACCAACACAGUGCCACAGAAGAAGAGCUUUAAUGAACUCAGUUGGAGUCGCAUGGAAUAUGAGACCAAAAAUAUCAUGAAUACUUGCAAAAAUAACAAUAAUAAAGUUGAAGCCCAUGUGCUGACUGGAGCAAUACCUGGCAACAGUAAACUGAAAGAAAAAGUGAACAUUCCCUCUUACAUGUGGAUGGCGUUUUGCUGCUACAAUCGUAGUGAAAACAAAUGGGUCUCCCAAGCUUAUUGGGCCCAAAACAUUGAAGAAGAAAAGAGUGAAAACAAGAUUAUCCAUAAAGAUAGCCUGCAGAAAUUAAAACAAUUUCUUGAUGAAACAUGGGUGAGAAAUGUACAGUUGUUUAAGGAAGACUGCACAUAUGAAUAAAUGAUCACUGAAUAAUCAUUUAUGCUGCUUGUAGGAUUAGAGGUUCAUUAAAACGCUUUUGUUGAGCUCCUCCAGAAUCCUAACUUGAUUUUUUCCAAUCAUCCUGCUUUUAGUCUACUUCAUAUAUCUCCCACUUUAGCAAAUCAUGUAUUUUCUCUAAUAAAUAUUGCGCAAAUGUU